AGGAAGCAGUAAUAGAGAUAACAGGUAUGUAGAAUGUACAAAUUUUAUGUAUUUUGUUGGUUAAUUUUUUCUCCUAUUUCGUCGAUUUCGUCAUGCAAUUCAACUGCAUGACGUGGCCAUUUUGUUUAAUCGAUAUUCGAAAUUUAUAAAUUAGGUAUUUUAUGAUGAAACUAACAUCAUAGCUAAAAUAUACUUUCACAUCGUUAAUAACUGUUAUUUUGUGUAAAAUAACGAAGGAUUUUAUGAGAAAUUCCCAAUUUCGCAGCUGAUUUAACGGUAUUGAUCGACGACCUCCUGACGUCACCUCCUUUGUUCUCCAUUUACGUUUUAUUUAUCUAGUUUAUGCGUUUUAUUACUAUUUUUAAGCUUAUCCGCUAUUAUUUUACGAAUUAUUUUCGUCUGUUUACUCAUUUCUGUGAAAUAAAUUGGAUAUUUUUAUCCAAAUACCUAAAGUGUUUUGAAUCAUUAUCCUUUGUUUUUUUUUAAUUUUUUAUGUUGACUCAUUCAUUAGGCAAAUUUGACACAUUAAAAUAUCAGCUGAUAUUUAACUAAAUAAAUUCACAUCUUUUUUCAAAUUCUCAGUGAACAAGGUUGGUUAAAUUUAAUUCUCUUUUUAUAGAAUGCAGAUCUUCGUGAAAACCUUGACUGGGAAAACCAUUACUCUUGAAGUUGAACCUUCUGACACCAUCGAGAAUGUCAAAGCUAAGAUCCAGGACAAGGAGGGAAUUCCCCCAGACCAACAACGAUUGAUCUUCGCUGGAAAGCAACUUGAAGAUGGUCGCACUCUUUCUGACUACAACAUCCAGAAGGAAUCUACUCUUCACUUGGUACUUAGACUUCGUGGUGGUAUGCAGAUCUUCGUUAAAACUUUAACUGGCAAGACCAUUACUCUUGAAGUUGAACCUUCUGAUACUAUCGAGAAUGUCAAAGCUAAGAUCCAGGACAAGGAAGGAAUUCCACCAGACCAACAAAGAUUGAUCUUCGCCGGUAAACAAUUGGAAGAUGGUCGUACUCUUUCUGACUACAACAUCCAGAAGGAAUCUACUCUUCACUUGGUACUUAGACUUCGUGGUGGUAUGCAGAUCUUCGUUAAAACUUUAACUGGAAAAACAAUCACUCUUGAAGUCGAGCCAUCCGACACCAUUGAAAAUGUCAAAGCUAAGAUCCAGGACAAGGAAGGAAUUCCACCAGACCAACAAAGAUUGAUCUUCGCCGGUAAACAAUUGGAAGAUGGUCGUACUCUUUCUGACUACAACAUCCAGAAGGAAUCUACUCUUCACUUGGUACUUAGACUUCGUGGUGGUAUGCAGAUCUUCGUUAAAACUUUAACUGGAAAAACAAUCACUCUUGAAGUCGAGCCAUCCGACACCAUUGAAAAUGUCAAAGCUAAGAUCCAGGACAAGGAAGGUAUCCCACCAGACCAACAGAGAUUGAUCUUCGCCGGUAAACAAUUGGAAGAUGGUCGUACUCUUUCUGACUACAACAUCCAGAAAGAAUCUACUCUUCACUUGGUACUUAGACUUCGUGGUGGUAUGCAGAUAUUCGUUAAAACUUUAACUGGAAAGACCAUCACCUUGGAAGUCGAGCCAUCCGACACCAUUGAAAAUGUCAAAGCUAAGAUCCAGGACAAGGAAGGUAUCCCACCAGACCAACAGAGAUUGAUCUUUGCAGGAAAACAACUAGAAGAUGGUCGUACUCUUUCUGAUUACAACAUCCAAAAGGAAUCUACCCUUCACUUGGUACUUAGACUUCGUGGUGGAAUGCAGAUCUUUGUAAAAACUCUUACUGGAAAGACCAUUACUCUUGAAGUUGAACCUUCCGACACCAUCGAGAAUGUCAAAGCUAAAAUCCAGGACAAAGAGGGAAUUCCUCCAGACCAACAAAGAUUGAUCUUUGCAGGAAAACAGUUGGAAGAUGGUCGUACUCUUUCUGAUUACAACAUCCAGAAGGAAUCUACUCUUCACUUGGUAUUGAGACUUCGUGGUGGUAUGCAGAUCUUCGUUAAAACUUUAACUGGAAAAACUAUUACUCUUGAAGUCGAGCCAUCCGACACCAUUGAAAAUGUCAAAGCUAAGAUCCAAGACAAGGAAGGUAUCCCACCAGACCAACAAAGAUUGAUCUUCGCCGGCAAACAAUUGGAAGAUGGUCGUACUCUUUCUGACUACAACAUCCAGAAGGAAUCUACUCUUCACUUGGUUUUGAGACUUCGUGGUGGUAUGCAAAUUUUUGUUAAAACUUUAACUGGAAAGACCAUCACCUUGGAAGUCGAGCCAUCCGACACUAUUGAAAAUGUCAAAGCUAAAAUCCAGGACAAGGAAGGAAUUCCCCCAGACCAACAGAGAUUGAUCUUCGCUGGAAAACAACUAGAAGAUGGUCGCACUCUUUCUGAUUACAACAUCCAGAAAGAAUCUACUCUUCACUUGGUACUUAGACUUCGUGGUGGUAUGCAGAUCUUCGUUAAAACUUUAACUGGCAAGACCAUUACUCUUGAAGUUGAACCUUCUGACACCAUCGAGAAUGUCAAAGCUAAAAUCCAGGACAAGGAGGGAAUUCCCCCAGACCAACAGAGAUUGAUCUUCGCCGGUAAACAAUUGGAAGAUGGUCGUACUCUUUCUGAUUACAACAUCCAGAAGGAAUCUACCCUUCACUUGGUACUUAGACUUCGUGGUGGAAUGCAGAUCUUCGUUAAAACUCUCACUGGCAAGACCAUUACUCUUGAAGUUGAACCUUCUGACACCAUCGAGAAUGUCAAAGCUAAAAUCCAGGACAAGGAGGGAAUUCCCCCAGACCAACAAAGAUUGAUCUUCGCCGGUAAACAAUUGGAAGAUGGUCGUACUCUUUCUGACUACAACAUCCAGAAGGAAUCUACUCUUCACUUGGUACUUAGACUUCGUGGUGGAAUGCAGAUCUUCGUUAAAACUCUCACUGGCAAGACCAUUACUCUUGAAGUUGAACCUUCUGACACCAUCGAGAAUGUCAAAGCUAAAAUCCAGGACAAAGAGGGAAUUCCUCCAGACCAACAAAGAUUGAUCUUUGCAGGAAAGCAGUUGGAAGAUGGUCGUACUCUUUCUGAUUACAACAUCCAGAAGGAAUCUACUCUUCACUUGGUUUUGAGACUUCGUGGUGGUAUGCAAAUUUUUGUUAAAACUUUAACUGGAAAGACCAUCACCUUGGAAGUCGAGCCAUCCGACACUAUUGAAAAUGUCAAAGCUAAAAUCCAGGACAAGGAGGGAAUUCCUCCAGACCAACAGAGAUUGAUCUUCGCUGGAAAACAACUAGAAGAUGGUCGUACUCUUUCUGAUUACAACAUCCAGAAGGAAUCUACCCUUCACUUGGUACUUAGACUUCGUGGUGGAAUGCAGAUCUUCGUUAAAACUCUCACUGGCAAGACCAUUACUCUUGAAGUUGAACCUUCUGACACCAUUGAAAAUGUCAAAGCUAAGAUCCAGGACAAGGAAGGUAUCCCACCAGACCAACAAAGAUUGAUCUUCGCCGGUAAACAAUUGGAAGAUGGUCGUACUCUUUCUGACUACAACAUCCAGAAAGAAUCUACUCUUCACUUGGUACUCCGUCUUAGAGGAGGACAGUAA